AUGCGACCGCACAAAAGAUUAGGGAAUUAUGGACAUUAUGUCGGACUCGUGUCGGACCGAAUGCCAAGUGGUGAAGGCUGCAUUAGGCUAGUCUCAACCGGACCUCCACGGAAUCACGCUGACACCGACGUUCAGGGUAUCGAAUCGCACCAACCCUCACUCAAAGCACAAGGCAAGAGUAAGGAUGGAUGUAAAAUCGGUCGCGAUGCAUCGCUUUCCAAGGGAUAUUAG